CUAGCUGGAUGCGAAGAUGGAGAAGAAUUGUGGGUAGAAACAGAGUCGGGAGAAGGCAAAAAAUAUUACUAUCAUCCGGUCAACCGCAACACUGUCUGGGAACUGCCGUCCAACGCCAAAAUCAUCGAUCAGACGGCUCUUUCGCAGCUGAUUCAGCGCGCCGGCGAGGAGGAACGUAAGGAGAAAGAAGGUAUAACUACUUUUUAUUAUUGUUUCCGUCAAUAAAAAACUUUAUUUUCUAACUUAAUACUUUGUUUCAGAACAGGAAGGUUUGUUUGUUUUUAUACUCUCUGUUCCUCUUGACCAUUGAUGAUAAUGAAUAAUUGAACCCAUAUCCUUUCUUAAUAUUGUUGUCAACCUACUUCUGACGAGACCUUGCGACGGCACCAGGGAUAUCACGCGCGUAAGUAUCCCGGUAGGCAGAUAAUCGAGUGGAAAAGAGAAAAAAAAAGAAGAGAAAGCUAAUUUGAUAUUGAUUUCGACGUGUCGCUGAGAACAUUUGAUCGUAUUGAAGCACUGGGCCAGCAAAUGCUUCGAUUGGUCUCUUCCCCCCAAUGGAAAUGCGCCGCCUCAGCUUUCAACAAUGUGUAAUGUCCAGUUUUGAACAAGAUUUUUAAAAUAAUCAUACUGCCAAGCUUGAUUCCUUCAUUUCUUUUUGUUUCAUUUUUUCGCUUUGCGCGAACACAUGGAAAAUAUUUUUUAAAUCAUUGCAUCUCGUAAUCUCUAUUUUUCCGUUUCAGAAAAGUCACAGCCGGCAGCAGCGCCGCCAGCUUUCGGCGGACGAGCCCCCGGAGGUUUCAAAAUUCUUCUUAUCAAUUUCUAUACCUUGUGGUUCAGGAGGUGUCGAUGAUGCUUGGAGCGAAUUCGCUGCCAGUGAUGGUCGCAAAUACUACUACAACUCGAUCACUCAAGAGAAUACUUGGGAAAAACCGAAGGCGUUGAUUGAUAAAGGUGAAAAUUCGAAAAAAAAAAUCUCCGAUAAAUUAAUAUCGGAAUUGUGUAGCCAGAUGUGUUAGGUUUGUGAGCUGAAAGUGCCCAAUAAUAAAAGUUAAAAAAAUAUUUUAUUGAGUUAACCGUUGUACUUAUUCAAAAAUUAAGAAUCAAACAAGUUCUUAUGAGCUUAUACAUUUUCUUUUGAAAAAACUUGAUUUUUAAUAUGCCAUAACCAAAACCCUUAUCCUUCUGAAGAAAAUUUUUUUUGAAGAUAUCAGAGAUAAAUGAAACCUCUCAAAACAGUAUCUAGAAGAUUUUAUUUCAUUCAAUUGUCUCAGUGUUAAAAAUGAGAGACUAAUGUUUUUUUUGAACUUUUGAAAUAUAAAUAUUUACUGUUCUUACUCCGAAGGUUGGAACGACAUCAAGAGAUUUUUUUUAGAACAAGCAUCCUCGGACGCUCCUGUGUUGGAUCCAGCUCAAGCAGCCGCUAUCGCUCAGGCCCAAGCCAAGGCACAGGCUGCCCUCGCAGCCUACCAAGCUCAAGUACACCGUGAGGCGAAUCAUUUUUUAAUCGGGACAAGUCUCAGCAAAAGUCGAGUGCGGCGAACGGCGGUGGAUUGCCACAGUCAAAAACCGCGGCGGCGUCGGGUGCAGCGGCGAUUGCUGCGGCCACCGAGAAGACGAAAGAUGUGACGAGACCUGUGAGCAGCACUCCAGUCUCUGGAACGCCGUGGUGUGUCGUCUGGACCGGCGAUGGAAAGGUGAUUUCUGCAGAAUCUGCGAGGAUAAAUUAAGAAAUGUCAUAAUUUUCUCGGCUCGAAACGGCCGUAUGUGGCGUUUGUGAUGCGUUUUUAGCGCGAUUUAAAAUUUUUUAAAAAUUGAAAAAAACAGCGUACAAUGUAAACAAAAACAUUUAUCCGCUUUGUUGGAAGUUUAACAAAUCAUAUUCAUUUAGGUGUUCUUUUACAACCCUUCAACAAAGACUUCGGUAUGGGAACGUCCACCAGAAACCUACGGCCGUGAAGACGUUGAUCAGAUGGUUUCCAGAAUGCCUGAUGUCAAAAAAGGUAUUUUGAGACUGUUCACAAAACAAAAAACGGCUCUAUUUUUUGUUGACUCGAUUUUCAUGUACCUUUGGAGUUCCUGGAAAGUUAAGUUGAUAAAUUUCAGAGGAGGAGCCCAAAAAAGACGCUGAUCAAAGUGAGGGAGCCUCUUCUGAUUCCUCGGAAGCGGAGGAUGAGGACGGGCCGCCGAAGCCGAAGAAAAGUCGCGCCGAGAGGAAGCGUGAAGCUUUGUUGGCCGCUCAGAAGAAAGAAAAAGUUGUUUCUUAGAGAAAUAUAAUCAUUAUUUUAUUUCAUUAUUAAGGAAAAGCCUGUGCGUCAAAUGCUCGAGAAGCCAGUCGAUCCGGCAAUUCAAGCUGAAAUCGAAGCGAAGAAGGAGAGAGAAAAAGUUUCAAAUUCGACGGGAAAAUAACUAAUUCCUGCACUUUCAGAUUCCUCUGGAAGAACGUCUCAAAGAGUUCAAGGAAAUGCUCGCAGAGCGGGAAGUUUCCGUUGGAAGUACCUUUGAAAAAGAACUGUCCAAAAUUGUCUUCGACAAAAGAUAUUUGCUCCUCAGUGCAACUGAACGUCGCGCCGUAAUAACUUACCAGCACUUGAAAUAAUUUCUGCGGAUUCCUUCCAGUGUUUCGAUGCCUACAUGCGCGAAAAAAAUGAGACGGUCCGGGCUGAGAAGAAGAAAAAGGCCAAGGAAGCCAAGGAAAAGUUCCAGCAACUUCUGAAGGAAGCUGAACUUCACGGAAAGUGAGUUGUUUGGGACAGAAAGACAGAAAAAAAGACGAUUUUAAAGAUCAAAACACUUGAAAAAUUCAAUUGAAAUUAAUGAUACGAAGUAGAAAGAAGAGUUAAAACGGAAUUUUUAAAGUUAUUCUACAGAGAAUAAGAAAAUAUUUUAUCGAAAGUCAAGAUGAUUUUUUGUAAAAAAAAAAAACAAACAGAUGAUUUCAGAUCUUCAUUCUCGUCGUUCUCCUCCAAAUUUGGAAAAGACUCGAGAUUCAAAGCCGUUGAAAAGAUGCGCGACCGAGAGGACAUGUUCAAUGAGUAUGUCGGAGAGAUUCAUCGGAAGGAAAAGGAGGAAAAGAAGCAGAAAAAGGAGAAGGUUCCACUUUUCUCGUAGUUUCCCCGUACUUCGUGUAUUUUCAGCUGAAAGCAGAUUUUGUGGCCUUGUUGGUAGAACAAAAGGGUCUCACAAGGAAAUCCAAGUGGUCCAGCGUUAAAAAGACCUUGGAGGAUGAUGAGAGGUAAUAAAACGCUUGGAGAUUGUUCAAACUGUAUACAUCUAGGUACAAAGCAUUGGACAGCAGCUCGACGCGAGAAGGUCUCUUCCGCGACCACGUUGAGAAGUUGGGCGAUGAGACUUUGUCUGUGAGGAUUUUCUUUCUUCAAAACUACAAAUCAAUGACUUUUUGCAUGUUCAUUUUCGAAGUUAUUCGAAGAAAUUUCGCUCCUGUUGAUAUUUUUAUCCUUUUUUUAAGCUUUGUCUGGAUUUUUUUUUUCAUAGAAGUAUCGGGUUGAGUGUUCCCUGAGAGGUACUAUUAUCUACUAUUCCGAAAAGCGCUUGUUGUGUCGAUCUUCAGGCGCACCGUGUUAGAGUUUUUGCAAACUUGUAGAGAACAAGGCGAAAAAAAAAUUUUUUUUCAUGGUGGCAAUUUUUGCAGGACCCGCAGAACAGACUAUGAACACUUUUUCAAAGAAUCCCCAACGCGAUAUUUUCUGACGCUCAGAACUCUUUAAAAUACAAUGUUCGCCCCCACACAAGGUGGCGGGAAAAAAAGUGUUUCAAUUUUCGCAUGUCUAGACUACACUUGAUAUAAUUUUUUGAAUUCGCUUUUUUGAUUUAAAAUUGAAAUUAGAGCUUUUAGUCGUUUUUUUUUUUUCAUACAAGCUAUUUAAAAAUUUAUUUUUUUUGGCUCAGUUUCACAGCUGUAACGCGAUUUUUCAAAAUUUUUCACUGGGGUUUUUCAGGACAUCGAAGAAGAACAAGAACGGGAGAAACGUUUGGCCGCAGCUGCUGCCAUUGCAGCCCGUCAGAAAGAAGUUUUUCCCAUUUUCAGUAAUAAAGUAACUUUUUUUUUAAAGGUUGAGGCCGAGUUGGGCGAUCAGCUCCGCGAAAGGAACAAGGAAAGCGAAAGACAACGGCAACAUGAACAUGAGGAACGUUUCAGGGCUCUUCUUAUUGAUAUGGUGAGUCUUCAAAACUAUUUAAAAUUCUUUAUUUCACUCAUAGUGGAAGUUUAUUAUGAAAAAGGAGAUGAGCUUCAUUAAGUUCAAGUAAAUCAGUUGGAUUUUCACAAUAUCGUCUUCUUUUUCGAUUUAUCAUGUACCGAAAAGGACACGUCCUAGGUGAAAUCUGUUGAAACGAGUUGGCACGAAGCCCGGCGGCAACUCCGAGGCGAUGAUCGAUAUUCUGAGUGCGAUUUGUUGGAUAAGAAGAGGAAGGAGUCUCUGUUCGACGAGCAUUUGAAGUCGGUUUUGAUUUCGGAUUCUGAAGAAAAUGGCUUCUUAUUUUUUUUUGUUACAAAAGUUAUGAGCUUCUUCAGAACAUUUCUAUGUGUUCAUAUUUAACUGCAGAAAGGUUUUCUUUUCAUUUAUGCUGAUGAAAAUUUUUCAAAUUUAGAAGAAUCUUCUUUAAAAAUUUGCGGCUUUGUAAAAUUUGAAUUCGCUCUCUUUUAACUAAAAAAAAAAAGAAAAAAAAAGUUCAAAUUUAUUUUCCAGGGGUUUGGAGCGAAAAAGACGCGACGCCUUCUUCAACGUUCUCAAUGAGCACGAAAAGAUCACACCGAACAUGAGAUGGAAGGAAGUCAAGAGGAUCAUCCAGGACGAGGAAGACCUUUUCGUCAAAGUUGCUGCCAACUCGGAGAGGGUUCGUUCGAAAAUUAUCAAUCAAAUAAACUCUUUUUUCGUAGAAAGUUGAGCGAGAUUUCCGUGAAUGGCAAGAGAAACGGCACGAUAUUCUGGUCAGCGAGUUCAAGGAGAUGCUCAAAGAAACGAAGAUUAUCACCUACAAAAGCAAGAAGCAGAUGGAAGAAGGCGAACAGCACUUGAAGGAUAUUCUUGCUGUUUUGGAGGUUUCUCCGUCUAGGAAAGGGCUUCUCCUAAUCGUUUCCCAUUCAGAAUGAUCAGCGCUGGGUGCGGAUGACGUCGAACAGCGCUUCUGAACGAGAUCGGCUGCUGGAAGAGUACAUUGGUGGGUAUAUGAGUUAUAUGGAGGGAAAAAAAUAAUCUUUAUUGGUCAAACAACUUUCUUUGAUAGACUUUUUGUGGCCGAAAAAUCUGUAUUCUCCUCUCAGAUCAACUUCACCGGAAAGGAACGCCGCCACCGCCGACUCAGCAGGAGCGCGAAAAAAGGAGACGUGAUUGA